AUGGCCGAAGCCGCAGGACUAGUUCUGGGCGGCAUUCCAAUCAUGGUUACCGGGAUCAAGAUGCUUUUAGAAGGUGUUUCCGCAGGUAAUCGCUACUUCAAGUACAAGCUACCCUUGCAAACACUGCACAACCAGCUCUCGAGCGAGCAGACAAUUUACUUGAAUAUGUGCGAAGAACUGCUCAAUGGUGUCGUGGAUGAUGUUCAGAAAGAAAUUCUCCUCGAGAACCCCUACGGUGACGCUUGGAAAACGCCAGAGCUUGAGGGAAGUCUCAAAGCCAGGCUCUCAAGAUCAUAUCCUGAAUUCGAAGCCCGUGUGAGGAGUAUGCAGGAGAGUAUUGUAAAGCUCAAAGAGCUACUCAAGGUCGAUGAUCAAGGCAAGAUUAACAUCAACGCGGGAAGCAAACUCGAGAAGGUCUACAAGAGACUGAAGCUCAGCAUCAAACAUUCAGAAUACGAGAACUACGUCACCAAGAUCAGACAGGACAAUCUCGUUCUGAUGACAAUGCUCGGCCAAAAUUUACGACUUGAGGCUUCACGAGCAUCAAAGGUGAAGAAAACCCCGGACUUUUCCACCAUUCAGCGAUGCGCCAGCAGCGUAUUUGUCAUGCUCUGCUCUGGAUUCUGUUCUGCAAAAGCGGACCAAAUGAGCAACGGCAUCCAUGGGAUCUGGAAGUGA